AUGGAGCCCGAGAUGCAGGCGGCGGAGGAGGGGCCCAGCGCGCCCCGCAUCUACAAGCAGCGCGGCCCCUACAGCGUCCUCAAGACGUUCCCCAGCCGGCGGCCGGCGCUGGCCAAGCGCUACGACAGACCCACGCUGCUGGAGCUGCCGCCCGCGCGGCCGUCCCCGCUGCCGCCGCCGCCGCCGCCGCCCUUCGCGCCGCUCGCCGCCGUGCCCAUCAGCAGCAGCGAGCCGCCGCCGCCGUUCCCGACGCAGCCGUCCUACCCGGCCGGGGCAGGCCGGGCCCCCGCCGCCGCCGCCGCCUCGUCGUCGUCGCCGUCCUGCACGCCCGCCGCGCCCCCCAGCCACCCGAGGACUCCGGCGCCGCCGCCGCCGCCCACGGCCCCCGCCGCCUCGUCGUCGUCGUCCUUCGCCGCCGUCGUCAGGUACGGCCCGGGCCCGGCCAGCGGCGCGGGCAGCAGCAGCGCGGGUAGCGACGGCGUCUGCUUGGAGCUCAGUGCAGAGAGCCGGAUGAUCUUGGAUGCCUUUGCCCAGCAGUGCAGCCGUGUUCUUAGUCUCUUAAAUUGUGGAGGGAAACUUCUGGACUCCAGCCAUUCUCAGUCCAUGAUUUCUUGCGUCAAGCAGGAAGGCUCUAGUUAUAACGAAAGACAGGACCAGUGUCACAUUGCAAAGGGGGUCCAGAGCCAGACCCCUGACAACAUAGACAUAGAAAUGCAAUAUAUGCAAAGAAAACAACAAACUUCUGCCUUUUUGAGAGUGUUCACUGACUCGCUCCAAAAUUACCUGCUCUCGGGGAGCUUCCCGACUCCGAACACCUCAUCAGUCAGUGAGUAUGGCCACCUGGCUGAUGUGGACCCUCUCUCAACCUCCCCGGUGCAUACAUUAGGUGGCUGGACCUCCCCGGCGACGUCUGAGUCCCACGGUCACCCAUCCUCCUCUACGCUGCCGGAGGAGGAAGAAGAGGAGGAAGAGGAAGGCUACUGUCCUCGAUGCCAGGAGCUGGAGCAGGAGGUGAUCUCAUUGCAACAAGAAAACGAAGAGCUCAGAAGGAAGUUAGAAAGCAUUCCAGUGCCCUGCCAGACGGUCCUAGAUUACCUAAAGACAGUGCUGCUGCACCACAACCAGCUCCUGCCGCAGCCCGCGGACCAGCCCACCGAGGGAAGCAAGCAGCUGUUGAACAACUAUCCUGUCUACAUAACGAGCAAACAGUGGGACGAGGCUGUAAAUUCUUCCAAGAAAGACGGGCGGCGGCUCCUCCGAUAUCUCAUCAGAUUUGUUUUCACAACCGAUGAGCUUAAGUACUCAUGCGGCCUUGGGAAAAGGAAAAGGUCAGUUCAGUCAGGAGAGACAGGUCCCGAAAGACGCCCUCUGGAUCCAGUUAAAGUCACGUGCCUCCGAGAAUUCAUUAGGAUGCACUGUACCUCCAACCCCGACUGGUGGAUGCCCUCAGAGGAGCAGAUAAACAAAGUGUUCAGCGAUGCUGUGGGUCACGCCCGACAGGGCCGGGCAGUGGGAACUUUUCUGCACAACGGCGGCUCGUUUUACGAAGGGAUGGAUCACCAGGCGUCCCAGGAUGAGGUCUUCAACAAGAGUUCACAGGACGGAUCUGGGGACUAG